AGCCAGCUUGUCCCCUGCCCCGUGUCGGUGGCACCCGCUGUGUUAACAAGGGGCAGGGUGGCCUCAGCACGGGCGUCCUCUCUCUGCCCAUCUCCCUGCUGCUGUGGGAAGACGGUGUCAGCAGGGUUCUAAGGGGAGGGUGACUUCGAUGGGACCAAGGCCUGCUGCCUCCUCAGAGGUGGGAGGGAGCAGAUGAACGGAGACGCCAGGCCAGGUCGGGUGAACUUACACCCUAGGAGAGAAGCUGAUCGCGGCGUGAACUGCUUGUUGUGACAGGAUAUGAGCUUUGAGGACGUGACCAUCGCCUUCUCCCAGGAGGAGUGGGGGCUCCUGGAUGCGGCGGAGAGGCUCCUGUACUGCGAGGUGAUGCUGGAGAUCUGUACACUCGUGGCCUCCGUGGGUUACUGGCAUAAACCGGCCGAGGAGGAGGCCCCCUGUGAGCAGACCGUGUCUGUAGAAGCGGAGUCGCAGGUCGGUGCGUCUGAGCCGGCGCCAGCCGCCGAGAAGACACAUUCCUGUGAGCAGUGCGUCUUAGUCCUGAAGGCUAUUUUCCACCUGACUGAGGUCCAGGCGGGGAACCUGGAGCAGAGGGCCUUCUUCAGCGACGCGUGUGCGAGGGGCUUCUGUUUCAGGGCCAACAUCCACCAGCAGCCGCGGGAGGCCCGGGCCGAGGAGCCCUGGAUGGGGGGCGUGGACAGGGCCUCCUCGCUCAUGACCAGUGACAGCUUCUAUAUGUCGGGGGCGCCGUUCACCCCUGGGGAGGCGGAGGGGGACCUCGCCGCCGCCACCACCGGCCUCCUCCAGCACCAGCCCACGCUGGGCACCGAGGAGCCGCACAGCGUCAUCGAGAGCUGGCAGCCCGUCCACAGUGGGACGGGGCCUCGCCAGUGGGGGGAGUGCGAGAAGGCCGCCUUCCUCAGCCAGGACCUGCCGCAGCAGAGCGUCUACACGGGAGAAGGGCUGUUCGAGUGUGGCCAGUGCGGGAAGGCCUCCAUCCAGACCUUUAACCUCCUGCUCCAGAGGAGCGUGCCCGCGGGGGAGCGGCUGCCCUACGAGUGCGGGGUGUGUGGGAAGUGCUUCAGCUGCGAGUUUUUCCUCCUCCGACACCAGAGUGUGCACACGGAAGGGAAGCCCUACGAGUGCAGUGUCUGUGGGAAAUGCUUCAGCUGCAAGUACACCCUCCUCCAGCACCAGAGGAUCCACUCUGAGGAGAAGCCCUACGAGUGCAGUUUCUGUAAGAAAUGCUUUAGCUACAAGUUUAAUCUCAUGAGGCACGAGAAAAUCCACACGGGCGAGAACCCGUACGGCUGUAGCGACUGCGGAAAGUCCUUCAGCCACAGCUCUGCCCUCAUCCGACACAAGAGAGUUCACACUGGAGAGAGGCCCUAUGAGUGUAGCGAUUGUGGGAAGACCUUCACCAACAGCUCUGCCCUCAUUCAGCACCAGCGGGUUCACACUGGAGAGAAGCCCUACCAGUGCACUGAGUGUGGAAAGUGCUUCAGGCAGAGCUCCGCCCUCAUUUACCACCAGAAGGUGCACGCGGGGGAGAAGCCGUACGAGUGUGGUGAUUGUGGCAAGUGCUUCCGGUACAAUUACAUACUCAUUCAGCACCGGAAGGUUCACACUGGAGAGAGGCGGUAUGAAUGCGGUGUUUGUGGGAAGCGCUUCAUCUACAACUUCAACCUCAUUAAACACCAAAGAAUCCACACUGGCGAGAAGCCGUACGUGUGCAGUGAUUGCGGGAAGGCCUUUAGACGCAGCUCUUCCCUCAUCCAGCACAAAAGUGUUCACAGCGAAGAGAGGCCCUAUGAGUGCAAUGAGUGCGGGAAGUCUUUUACCCGGGCGUCUAACCUCCUUAGGCACUGGCGAGUUCACACAGGGGAAAGGCCCUAUGAGUGUAGUGAUUGUGGGAAGUCCUUCAGCCAUAGCUCCGCCCUCAUUCAGCACAAAAGAGUGCACACUGGAGAGAGACCCUAUGAGUGUAACGAAUGCGGGAAAACUUUCACCCGCACAUCCAACCUCCUUAGACACUGGCGAGUUCACACUGGAGAGAGGCCCUAUGAGUGUGCGUAUUGUGACAAGUCCUUCAGCCACAGCUCCGCCCUCAUUCAGCACAAAAGAGUGCACACGGGGGAGAGGCCUUACGAGUGUAACGAAUGUGGGAAGUCUUUUACCCGCACAUCCAACCUCCUUAGACACCGGAGACUUCACACUGGGGAAAAGCCUUAAUAGUGCAGGGAAGGCUGGGGGAGGCCCUCAGAGCCCAAUUUAACUGAGUUAGAGCCUGUUGUAGCGGAACAUCCAAUGCGCUAGAUUCCUCAUGAGUUGUAGGCACUGGUGAGGCUUGAAGGAGGUCCAUUGCACUUUCCCACCUGCCCAGGGCUGUUCCUAGAUGAUGUCACUGGUAGAUUUCGUAGCGAAGGCCCUCUCCCCUCCACCGCCUGGCUCCCCUGCAGGGCGAGCAAUAGCCCCGCCCCUGUGUGCUCAGGGAAGCCAACCCCCCUGGUCUCCCUCUUGCUGGAGGAGAUGGGGAAUGGGCAGGCCUGUGGGGGGGGACCCUCCUUCCUUUCUCUCCGCCAGGGGUGGGCCUGGCCCCAUGCUGGUCCGGGGGACCCAGCCCCAGCUAAGAACGACCUUCUUGAUGGAUGUUGUUGUUCUCACACGCUGUGAGGAAUUCUCCCAGGUUCGCCUUCCCCGACCUGGACGCUUGGCUGUAAGCUUUUCUGGAUCAUGAUAGAAUGAUGAUAUAACUAUGGUGGUUGUACAGUCCCUGCGUGACAUGAUUGGGAAUAAGAAGUGUGAUCUGCCAGCAUGUGGAGGGGGACGUGUCUGUGUUAGGGGCCCCCUAACUGUCUGUGCGUCAGAGGGGGCCACGUGAUAGUGGGGAGUCACGCCUUGUCCAGCGUUGGCUUGUUUUGUACUUAGCUGCCCACGGCCUGGCCGGAGACACUGCAUGACUUUGUGGUCCUGGUGGGAAUCCCGGUGCCAUGAUGAUGGGGGGGUCAGAGGCCACUCUGAAGAGGGGGCAUUCUUUUGUGCUUCUGUGGACAGUGUGAAUUUAGUCCCUUUUUACCAUGUACAUUGCCUGCUUCCACCCGUGCGGAGGAGCCACCUGCCGUGUGAGUGAGACGUUCUAGGUGGGUGACUUGUUGUAAGUCUCAGGUUAGGUGGGACCACAGUUGGCACAGAAGCACUGUGUUCAUAGUGGGGGGGAGGCUAGUAAAUUAGAACGAGGGUGUCUCUUCUUUUU